AUGGCUCCUCCACCAGCGGGAAACAGCACAUCAUGGGCCAGUGCCCGGACUCUCGAGGGCGCGCGUCUCGUCCGACUCCAAAACCUCGCAACACACAUCAAUGUUUACAACUCACCUUACUUCCCCAAGAACAUCGGCGAGUACGUCGCGCACCUCCGGGAGAUCCAAGCCGAGAAGCUAGGAGUGGAGCGCAAGAAGAUACAGAAUCGAAUCGAGGAGAUCGGUCAGGCGGAGAGGGUUGGGGUGUUUUUGAAUGGGAAAUCUCUGGAGUUUGUACGAGUUGAUGUGCUGGGGUACGGGCAGGAGAAAGUUUGGCCAUUCGGUCAUCACCCGUUGCGAGUCGAUGCCAUAGAGGCCUGGCCAACGAAGAUUGAGUCGAAGCUUGAAGGCGAGUAUCGCUCGAAAGCAGGUCUCAAGCGUCGGUUCCCGGCUCCGAGACAGGGAGAGGAUGCCUGGGAAGAUAUUCCGCCCUUGAUUCAAGACGCAAGCGGGAAGUAUGACAUGGUAGGGCAUAGAAUCAAGAAUGGAAUGAAGGAGUUGGAGAUGAGACGGAGACAAGAGUAUCCCGAGACGUGGACAACCGAGUGGCACGACGAGACACAGGAAGAGGACGUUGCGGAGUAUGUUCCUGAUGGCGGAUGGAAGUUUAACGAGGAGGACCUGAGCAAGACCGGGGCAUGGGUAGAGCUCCUGGAUGACUUGUGGGGAAUUUGA